UAUACUCAUAACAAAGUUUGAUAAACGGUAAAGAAAUCAUAAAGCUUGCCGAUAUGGAGGAAGUCGAUUAGGUUAUCGGCAAACUGACUUUCCUCGAGAAACCUCCUUAGAGUACAGUUGUUAUUGUAGUGAUCAUGAUUCUCAAAAUAUUACUUUAGGACAAUUAGGCGGGGCCCUGUUUGGCGUGAAUGCCCCAAGCACAAUGGGUACUGGACGCGGCUUACACGCCAGAGGCAGGUCAAGCCGCAUCGAAUGGUGCUAUGUCACCAAAGAGGCCUAGGAGAGGCCCAGGCGUGCUGCAUCUGGAUUGUCGAGGGCUUGCUUCAGGUGCUGCAAGCAAGUCUCAGGCGAUAUCACAGCAAACCGCGCAAUGGAAGCCUGCCAACGCUUACAAAGCGUUAUCCACGGCCGAAGGAAGCAUUUCAGGAGUGCAGCCAACGCAUCCGGCUCUCCUUUUGUCGGUGCUGGCUGGACAGUCAGCGCAUGGCUCUAUCGCGGGCACAACAAGCCAGCUAGCCCUUCGCUCCGGCUCCGUCGGUCCCAGCUCAGCUGCUACAGCGACUUCUGGGCAAUCAGCUCGUACACAGCCCACUUCAGGCCCUGCCGACGCGGCCAACUCCCAUAGCCGGAGUCAGCGCCAACAAGCCUCCCAGGGCACAACAGCGGGCCGUUCACCCGCUGCCGCUUUCACCUCCGCGCGUGUCGGGGCCAUAUCAGCUGCUGCCGCUGCAGCAGCAGCCGCAGCCCCGCGCCCAUACGCAUACAACCCACUCCUACCUCGCCAAUCCAGCAGCACGGGCCGACGUCGACCGUCGACCGAACCCAAACUCCCGGACUCGGCCCUGCAUUACGCCGCUAACGGCAACGCCUGCUUCACCACGCCCGGGGGACUCCCCAACCAUCCAUUUCCUGCGGCCGGGCCUGGGGGCUCGGCCUCUAGCAGCGGCCAUGGCGGCAGCCGAGCCACUGCUGCGGCGGCAGCGCAGGGGGCCCCCUCUGGUGCCAUCUUCGCGCCCACCCUCUUGCAGCCCGCCAGCAGCCUCAGUGCAGAGUUCCUGUUGCGUCGCAUGGGCAGCAGCGGCGCUGCCACAGGGGCCAGCGGGCAACCCGCAACAACACAGGGGCUCCUUGCGCAGGGGCAGCACGGCAGCGGCCUGUCCAUGGCAGCCUUCGCGCAGCAUGGUGCCACAGCAGAGGAGAUUGCAGCGGCUGCCAGUGCCGCUAUUGCUGCUGCCGCUGCUGCAGCGGCGUCAUCUGCCGCCGCCGCCGGCCGGUUAGCCCCCGGCUCUGUUGUGCUGACCUCCAAUGGGGGUGCGCGUGGUGUUGCGCAGUACCCACAUGCGGAGCCUUCACCUAACGGCAGCGUUGGCGGAAGCGCUCGUGCUGCCGUACAACGGUUAUCCGUGCCGUUGUGGCAAAUGGAGCAUGCGGAGCGGAGGCAUGCGUCGUCUGCAGGUAGUGGUGGCGCCGACGCUGACUCGGCGUUUGAGUACCUGGGGGCUUACGAGGGCGACGCAGCCAGUGGGGAGGAUGAGGCCGGCGGCGAGGGUGAGGAGGAGGACGAGUAUUAUGACGAUGAGGAUGUAGGGGGGGCGACAGGCGAGUUUGGAUGUGAGGAGGAUUGUGGCGAGGAGGACCCGGUAAGAGGCGCCGCUGCCGCCGUCGUCGGCACACUCGCUUUAAAGCGACUUGCGGGGGCGUCGGCGACGCUUCGUUCAUCCACUGGCGGCGCCAUCAGCGGUCUUCAGCACCGCACGCGUGCCUUAUCUUCUAGAUCCCUUUCCGGUAAAGCAAUCGGCAGCGGAGGCGGCGGUCGACCGCCGGCCGCACCGUAUCCACCUCAGCCGCAGCCACAACCCCCAGUGAUGUGCCUGACGUUCCAACGCCCGCAGACCCGGCGAUCCCCAGUGGUCGCCGCGUGCCUCAGCGGCUGCUCACGUGACGGCUCGGCGCCUGGUUCUGAAGCUGGGUCACGACCCAACACGGCCGCUUCCGUUUGGUCGUCGUACGACUUGCUACAGCCAGAUCCCAGGGCCCCCAUCUCCAUCCGGAGCCUUGCCCCGGGUGGCAAUGCCAGCCACGGCGGCAUCAACGGCUAUUACGGCAUUGCCAGCAACGGCUGCUACGGCAGCCUGGGCGGCUGCAAUACCUCCCCCAGCGCAGGCGUUACGGGUUUCGGGCUUCGAGGGUUGCGUCUGUCCGGGGCUCAAAUUGACGGCGGCGUUGCUCUCAGUAGCGGGGGAAGCGCGGGCGGGGGUGGGGGCGGCAGCGUCGGCCGCUGGCGACCCGUGGGCCACCCCAGGGCGGAUGAGGUGAUGCUGACGGUGGUGGAGACGCGGGACAGCGACGGCAGCGGGGGCGGCGCAGCAGCCGCCAGCGCCGGCCGAAGCCGCUGCAGUAGCCCAGGGAGCAGCCGAGGCAGCGGCGACGGCGCCGCCGCGCAUGCAAUGCUGCUGCUUGCGUCGCUGGGCCUUACGUCACCGCCGUCUCCCAAUGGCGCUCGCCGCCACCGCGCGCCGACGCAGAGUCGCGGCGGCGGCCGAAAGGCCGGUACGAACGGCGGCGGCGGAUCUAUGCCGCCGACUCCAACGCGGCCCCUGCACCCUGCCGUACUCGCCCUCCCUGACCUGCCCUUCACACCCUCAGCGGCGCCAGCCAGCACUCCGUCAGCCGCUCGCGGGGCUGCGUCCGCGGGCCUUACCGAGCAGCAGCAGCAGCUCCUGGCCUCCUCCAGCGUUCCAACAGACACCAAGGGUCGGGCGUUUCCCUACGUGCUGCAGCCGGCCUUCCCAGGAACGUGCCCCACCAUUGCCUUUGUGGGCUCGGCUGCUGCGAAGCAGGCUGCGGGCAUGACGCCGCUGCUGAAUCCCACGUUGUUUGUAAAGUACGGAGGAGUGGCUAACACCCCCGUCCGUACGGCAUUCCGUGAGGCGGGGCUGCGGCCGACCCGCAAGGGCAAGCGCUGGAUCGUGCAGUGGGGGGGUAUCCUGGAUGCUGCUUCGCUGGCUAAGCUGCACUGCUUCCAACGUGUCAACCAUUUCCCAGGCACUUGGGAGCUGGGCCACAAGGGGCACCUCUACCGCAACGUGUACAACGCGCGGCGCCGGGCGCGGGGGCCGGCGGCGGAGGCGUUCGACAUCGUGCCGCGCUUCUACAUCAUGCCGCGCGACUACGAGGAGUUCCGGAGCGACUCGGAGCGCUUCCCGGACCGGCUGUACAUCCAGAAGCCCACCAACUCCUCCCGCGGCCGCGGCAUCCGCAUGGUGACCCGCCCCGACGCCAUCUCCCGCGACUGCAAGGACGUGCUGGUGCAGCACUACAUCGCCAACCCGCUGCUGCUGAACGGGUUCAAGUUCGACAUGCGCGUCUACGCAGCGGCCACCUGCCUGGACCCGCUGCGACUGUACGUCUUCCCGGACGGCCUGGCUCGCCUGGCCACGGAGCCCUACUCGGCGGACAGGGCGCAGCUGAGCAAGCGCUGCGUGCACCUGACCAACUACUCCGUCAACAAGAAGUCCACCAAGUUCGUCAAGGCAGCUCAGCAGCAGCAGCAAGGCGGGGGCGAGGAGGGCGGAGCGGCUUCCUCCGGAGGGACGGCUGCUCCUGCGGGAGGCGGAGGAGGUGGAGGCGGUCCGGCUUCCGAAUGCGAGGGCAGCAAGUGGAGCUUGUCAGGACUGCGGGCGUACCUGGAGGCGCGGGGGAUGGGACCCGGCUGGGCGAUGGUGUGGAGGCAGGUGUGUGACAUCAUUGCUGCUGCGGUGAUCGCCGCCGAGCCGCGCAUGAACACCGACUUCAAGAUGAAGGUGCCGCACCGCAACAACUGCUUCGAGGUAUGGGGCUUCGACAUCAUGCUCACCGACUCCUACCGUGCCUGGCUCAUCGAGGCCAACACCUGCCCCUCCCUGGCGGCCGACAGCGCACUGGACAUGCGUGUCAAGUGCGGCAUGGUUUCGGAGCUGAUGCACCUGCUGGGGGUGGUGCCGUACGAUGUGGAGGUGUACGAAAAGACCGCGGAGGCGAAGCGCCAAGCUCGGCUGACCGGCCUCCCAGUGACAACCUCCACCGCCACCGCCGCGACCUCCGCCUCUUCCACUUCCCGGGGAGGCGCCGCGUCCGCCACCGCUGCCGGGGAUAAAGGCGGAGGCGGAGAUGACGAGCCGACCACACCCACCACACCCACACCCUCGGGUGGUCUGGGCACCCCGCAGCACUCCUUUGGCGGCGGCGGUGGGGGUAGCAGCGCGGGAGGGGCUGCUGCUGCUGCUGCCGCCGCCGCCGUACAGCCGCGCACGCUGCAAGAGCUGGACACGAUUGACUUUUCGAUGCUGAGCCCCGCCGAGCUGCCCGACAUCGUGUUGGAUGCGGAGGCGGAGAUGGCGCGCAGGGGCAGCUGGCAGCGCGUGUUCCCAUGCGAGGAGGACCCGGGCAGGUACCUCAACCUCUUCGAAACGCCCCGCCUCAACAACGUCCUGCUCUGCAAGUACUACGCGCAGACCGGCAGCGGGCACCGACCCAUGGGUCAGGGCGGCACCUCAGAGGCCACUGAGGCCCUCAUGCGGCGGCCGCGACCCGGCGGAAGCGCGCGGGGUCAUACACGGAGCGGUGGGGUGGCGGGAGGAGGAAGCGGCGGCGGAGGUGUGGGAGGGAGCCGGCCGGGGUCCCGGGAGUGGAGGCCUGGGGGAGGCGUUUGAGGUAGGGUGGCGGCUGAGGUGAGGAGGGUGGGAUGUGGAAGUGCGAGGAAGGUCAGCGGAUGUGAGGUGUGGGUGGGCGAGAAAGGAUAGCUGGGGUUUCGGUUAAGGAGGUAUGAUGCCGGGAGUGGGCGAUUGCAAGCGGGGAUCAUUUGUGUAGAAGAUGAGGGAUGGUUGUGUUAUUUGGGGGCUGGCAUUGGUGAAUGAGAUAGCGCCGGAACGUCCACGCUUCUUCGGUAACAAUUUGGGUGGCCCAUGAUUAUGUGCUCGAUGCCGUACGCUUUGCAUUGAAGCGUGCAACAACGCCGGGGUUAGGGAGAUGCACAUGUUUUACAUGGCGCCAUUGCGCUGUCUGCACUAGGGUAUACCAGGAUGUUUGUACGUGCUAGGAGGCAGCUUGAUGGUCGGGUACUGGUAUGGGGACGGCUGGCGUUACUGGAACUGCGCUUAGCUCGGUAGUCGGCUCCGCACCCGGCAUUAGGUACUAGGCUUAAUAGAACCUGUGCGGCAACUUGUUCGGCCGGAAAGGCACAGCAUGACACGGUAUUAAAACCCUGUUCGCUCGAGGUGAUUAGCGAAGUAGUGGUAGUAGUUCAGUGGACAUGUAUUUCGCAAUCAUAACAUUUAUUGAUAGGCGGUCCACGGGGUGGCAGGCGACGGCUUUUGGCUAGUCUUCCCGGUGUCACAGGUCGUGUUUGGGUUGGCGUGUUGUGGCUGGUUGGUGCUGCAUGGAGUGCCGUGGUAGGGGCCAGCUCCAUGCGGCGACACGGCACCAGAAGUCGGUCAGUUUUCUCUUCUAUGCGGUGCGGCGUCCGUUUACUCUGGUACUUGCUGCACGUUUCCUGGGGCACACUUCAGCGCAUGGGUCUCCGUAGCAGUAGAAGUAGCACUCAGGCAACAACACACUGGCAGGCAAUCGCAGCAGGCGCGUUGCUUGUGUUGAGGGACAUUUGGUAGGCCGUCUCGUAGGUGUGGUGGGUGUAGAAGCUCUGUGGGCCCUUUACCAACAUCACGUGAACUGCGCUGGCUUUCCUAUUAGGCGUGCACGCUUAGGGGCGGAGGAGUAGGGGCGGUCGCUUGCAGCUGCCCAUGGCUGCUGUGUCUUAUAUAAGCAUGAUGGGCCUAGGAGCAGCUGCAGCUACCUGUAUGUGUGCGAAGGGGCUGAGACAGGCUUGCUUCAUUUUUCGGGCGGUGGACUCGGUGUUGUGUUACUGAUGUCCUAGGGCUGUAGCGCUGGGUAGGGUUUGGGAGCUAGGAACCGUGGUGGACUUAUUUACAUGAUACUUGAACUCACUGCGGUAUGGUUACUUCCGUACAUGGGUUUUCAUGAUGCCGUACUUGGAAGCAGACGGUUGCUGCAGAGGCAGGCAAUUGGGACCUGUGCGUGUACGGCAUUCCACUGAAUGUAUGUGGCAGGUGAGGUGCGUGCGGUAUAGCGGUGCUGCAACGCCUUGAAGGCCGUGUGCGGUUGGCUGUGCGCUAUCACCUGCGUGAAAGAGACCAACAUGUUCAUGAGUCCCACCCUGUACGUCUACCAUGUACCCACAGCAUGGGUGCUGGCGUGAGCAGACGUCUUGCAUAUCCCGCUGAAUGUAUUGCAUGCAUGCAUGGGGCUGGUAGCGUGGCAUUUGGCAUGUGCAUGCGUUCGGCACGGCUGGUGCAGCAUCAGGCGUAACCGAUCUUGUCACCUAAAGCAAGUACUGG